AUGUCGGACUCUGAAGAGGUUGUUGAAGAAUACGAGCAGGAGCAGGAAGAGGAGUAUGUGGAAGAAGAAGAGGAAGAAUGGCUUGAGGAAGAAGACGGUCAGGAGGACCAGGUAGACGAGGAGGAAGAGGAGACAGAGGAAACCACAGCAGAAGAACAAGAAGAUGAAACAAAAGCAGCAGGAGAAGGUGGUGAGGGGGACCGGGAGCAGGAGCCCGGGGAAGGUGAAUCAAAGCCCAGACCCAAGCCCUUCAUGCCCAACCUGGUGCCUCCCAAAAUCCCUGAUGGUGAGCGCCUGGAUUUUGAUGACAUCCACCGCAAGCGCAUGGAGAAGGACCUGAAUGAGCUGCAGGCCCUCAUUGAAGCCCAUUUUGAGAGCAGGAAGAAGGAGGAAGAGGAGCUCAUCUCCCUCAAAGACAGGAUUGAGCAGCGGAGGGCAGAGAGGGCAGAGCAGCAGCGCAUCCGCAGCGAGAGGGAGAAGGAACGCCAGGCCCGCAUGGCUGAGGAGAGGGCUCGCAAAGAGGAAGAGGAGGCACGGAAGAAGGCUGAGGAAGAAGCUCGGAAAAAGAAAGCUUUCUCCAACAUGCUGCACUUUGGAGGUUACAUGCAGAAGUCAGAGAAAAAGGGUGGCAAGAAGCAAACGGAGCGGGAGAAGAAGAAAAAGAUCCUCAGCGAGCGGCGGAAGCCUCUGAACAUCGACCACCUCAGCGAAGACAAGCUGAGGGACAAAGCCAAGGAGCUGUGGCAAACCAUCCGUGACCUGGAGGCUGAGAAAUUCGACUUGCAGGAGAAGUUCAAGCGGCAGAAGUACGAGAUCAACGUCCUCCGAAAUCGCGUUAGUGACCACCAGAAGGUCAAAGGGUCAAAGGCUGCCCGUGGGAAGACCAUGGUGGGUGGCCGGUGGAAGUAGAUGGCUCUGAAGGCAGAGGUGAGGCUCAGCCAUCAGACACAGUGCUGUGCGCUCAGCCCAUGCCAGGGCUCCACUGCUGCCCCAUCGUGUGCUGCCUGUACAGAGCUUGCUGCAGGCUCCAUGCUGCUGCGGUGGGCAGGUGCUCAGCGAGGUGCUUGCUGAUUCUCAUCUCCACACCCCCACGUGAUGUUGUGUAAA